CCCAUAAUGCCCCGUUGCAGCGCCACCCGGCGAUGAAGAGCCGGAACUGCAGCUACUGACCCACAUGUGGCCGGACGCCUAAAUUUAUCGCAAGUUCGAGAGCAAAUGCUCAUGAAAGUGCACGAAAAGUGUGUGUGUUUUUGCGCUGAGGUGUGUCCAGCGUGCUAGUAUAUGAUCUGAAGCCCGUGGAGGGACGCGCGCGGAGUAAAUCAGGGCUCAGAGCUGCCGUGACCCGGAGCCAAGGAUGCAAGAGGGGCCAGGAAAGGGCGGGGAGAACUCUGAUGAGAGUUUGGAGGAUGAGGAGGCUCAGCGGUGCCCGAUUUGUCUGAACCGGCCCAGACGGACGGAUAGAGCCGUACCCGACUGCUGCAGACACGUCUACUGCUCGGCCUGCAUUCUCCGCUGGGCUCAGAUGGUUCAGUCCUGCCCGGUGGACCGCAGACCCUUCAGUGUGAUCUACCUGCAGGGCUCCUCGCAGCAGUGCAUCAAGCUUCCUGUGAAGGCACCCAGACCGUCAGAGCCGCACAAGUGCUGCAGUCAGGAUGGCCAACGAAUGUGUUGCGUCUCAGUGGGAGAGACAGGAAACACGGAGAGAUCGCAAGAGAAAAGAGCUACUGCCAAACAGAAAUGCCACAGAAAAUAUGAUUUGGAUGCAUCUGUGUAUAAAAACAGAAAGGUGAAUGGAGACUCAUGCCACUCUCUUCUGCUCACUAAGCAUUUUCACUCAUCACAGCCCAGCCAGCAGGGAGCGACGGUUGGCACACUACCACAGAUCAUGACAGGAUCUGUUGAGGUUUCUGAGGAGGGACCAGACGGCGUCCAGUGGAGGAGAUUAGAGAGAAAACGCAGGUGGCUUCCUGCCUCUGUACCUGUCCUCUCUACAGGUGUGCCCAGGGUAUCACUCCGCUCGCACCUGCUUCUGUCAGCUGUCUCCGCCUCUCUGAAUCUGCUGCUUUCUGAACACACAGUUCCUCAUGGCAUAGUUUGUGCCGUCACCUGCCCCAAAGGUGAGAAAAGAAAGGGAACCAGGGGUUCUGGGUCAAAGACCUCAGUGAAACCAGCAGAAGCUGCUGCUACCAGGCGCUCCUCUAGACACAGUCGCUCUGAGUCUGAGGAUUCCUCAGCCGCACAGUCACAGCCAACAGAUUCAGAUACCACGUCUUCUACACCACAAACCAUAAAUGAUACUCAUGCUUCUACAAGCAGAGGGCAGCAGGGGAGCAAUCCAAGGUCUGGAGCAAAGACAAGAGGACGUCCAAAGAAGAUGAAGGUGGAGAGACCAGAGGAUGAGAAGCAGAAAACUGAGGUUGAAAAUCACGAUGAAGAUGGAGUCACCAAGGAAACCGAAUCAGAGGAAUCAAAACCAGACCAGACAGCAAGUUCUGAUCAGAUCGAUGGUGAUCAAGAGCCAGUCGAUACGGAGGAGAAGAUGGAGGUGGAGAAUCAGAUGAGUCCAGCUGAGGAUGAAUGUGCUUCCCCUGAUGCCAGUAGCCAGGAAGAGGAAACGGCAAACGUAGAAGAAGUGGUAACGGAAAGUAUGAUUGAAGGUGAAGACAAUCAGAUAUUUCCACAAGAAGACAGCAAGCAAGAAGUGGAGACAAGUGAUGAAGACCAAGUAGAAUUAGUGAAUGUUCCACCAAUACAGGAGCAAGAUUGUCCGUCUCCUUCCUCUGUAGAACUAGAAGAGUCUCAGUCUGAUUCCCAGGACGCUGAAUCAUCUCUGCAAGUGGAACCAACAGCUGAACCUCCUACAGAUGCUUCAGACCAGAUUGUAGAUCUGAAACCAGAGCCUGACACUACAGAAGACUGUUUGGACAAGCAGGAAUCCAGUAGUCCUCCACCUCUCAAAGAGGACCAGACUGCUGAACCGUCGGUUCCAGAAGAGAAAGUUGUGCCAGAAACAAAGGACACUAAUGCAAGUUGUCCUCAGGAUAACACUGACCUCAUUCCUAUGGAGUGCGAUUCUCCUGCAUCCGAGAUUGAAGCCCACAUUGCUGAAGCUGGGAUGGAUCCUACUGCGAACGCGCCUCAGAUGGAUGAUCCAAAGCCCAAACUUGAUUCUUCUAAGGAGGAAAAAGUCUCAGAUAAGAGGGAGCGGGAGGGACGAUCCCGCAGGUCUCGCUUUCACUCGCCUACGACCACCUGGUCUCCCAACAGGGAGUCUAGGAGCGAAGGGUCUCGCAGGUCAAGGUCUCGUUCACGGGAUCGUAGCCACAAGACACGGUCCACGUCUCGAAACCGUGAGCAGCAAGAGGAGGUGCGGGAUGGCCGACGGAAUCGGAGCCGUAGUCGUAGUAGGGAGCGGAGUCGCAGGCGACGUAGUCGCUCCAGAAACAGAAACCGACCUGGACACCGGAGCCCAUCCCAGGAACGCGCUGAUCACGGCGGCCACUCUCCUCGCAAGAGAGAGUCUUGGGGUGGGGAUGGAUGGCAGAGCAGGGGCGAUGGACGAGGUUUCCGCAAUUCCAACUGGAGGAACAAUGCAGAGAAACCUGGGCAUUUCUCAUCAAGAGAGCCCAUUUCGUCAGACAAUGGCAAAUUCCAUGAGGCAUCGCCCGACCGAGGCAGGAGCGAGAACCCGGAUUGGGUGCAAGAGAGGGAGAGGCUUUGGCCAGACACUGAUUCCAGAGGACGUGAGCCACGAAGGGACGAAAAUGCAGGUGAUCUGCCUGCAGAGUCCUGGUCUCGAGGUGGCUGGAACGCUGGCCGUGGCAGAGGAGGUGCACACUGGUCAUCUGGCCAGCAGAGCGAGCCAGCAGAUAAUUGGAGGCAACGUACUUCUUUCUCAGGGACAACAAACAAUGCAGAUUCUUACAAUCGCUUCAACGACAAUAGACCUGGAGGGAAGAGAAAAGAGUCCGAGGGCACUGAGACUCUGCUGGACCGUUCUGGGUGGUCUUCGGCGUCCAGCUGGGCCGUACGCCGAACUCUCCCUGCUGAUGUGCAGAACUACUACUCGCGCAGAGACAGGGGAGGCGGGAACAACACCUGGAACAGACAAGAGGAGGAUCAAGGUGCACCAGGAGUCCCAAAACAAGCAGAUCCCCCCCAGAAUGAGCCAAAUGCACCCCUGCCAACUGAGGCGGUGCCAGCCCUGCCCCCUCCCCUGAUGCCCCACCAGAUGAGUGUGAUGGGGGUCCUUCGUUACCCCAUGGGGCCUCUGCUGCCAAGACCUCCAGCCGUAGGUCUGCAACCUCCUCCCCAGUUUAGUUUGCCCCCUCCAGUGCCAGUUCAGCUGCACCCCACUGGCCCGCUCCUUCAGGUCCCAUCCAUAGCUGUGCAGGCACUGCCUCCACCUCCACCACCUCCUCCACCUGUGCAACAGGGCGGCUUCACAGCAGUACCGUCUGAAAGCUACCCGCCUCAGCAGGUGAUGCCCAGUUUUCCUGUACCAGGCAAAGGUUCGUUUAAACCCAUGCCAACCAAAGUUGUUGUGCCGCCGCCUCCUGUUGGGAUGCCCCGUGCGGCCCACCCAUCCUCUAUCACCACCCAACCCGCCUCUCACAGCAAGGCCCAUGCUGACAGCUCGAAGAAAGAGAAGAAAUUGCAGAUUCAAGAGCGGGCCAUCAAUGAGGUGAAAGCUGCGAUUAAGCCAUAUUAUCAGAAGAAUGAAAUCAACAAGGAGGAAUAUAAAGAGAUUGUACGGAAAGCUGUGGAAAAAGUGUGUCACAGCAAGAGUGGCGAGGUGAAUGCCGACAAGGUGGCCAACCUGGUGAAAGCGUAUGUUGACAAAUACAAAUGCAUCCGCAAGAGCAAAUCCGAGAAGAGCUGAGGGUCGCUGAUCUGCUGACUGCACAAGUGCAAUUCCUCCACCGCGGGCUGCUGCCGGUGUCACUGACUGGAGCCGUUCUUAACGCAUUUACAUACGAGAAUGAAGAUUUUUCUAGAGAUGACAUAUUUUGUUUAAUUUGGAUUUGAUAUAGUGCAAAUGCCCUUUACUGGAUUGUGUUUCAUGGGUGGGUGUGUGUAUGUGUGGGGGGGUGGGGGGGCCAAAGAUCUGUAAUGGUGUCGCUCUAAUUGCAUUUUGCUUCUAAAGUAACAAAGAUAAUGAAUAAUUAAGGAAGAUGAUUCAAGUGGUACGACUGGACCUGUCCUGUCUCUCUCUCUGUGUCUCUCUCAGUAGCCAAACAUAAAGACUUUUCCCUUUAGAAGCAUCGAAACAAUCUGGAGUACAUGUGCAUUAGCUUUAUUAUUCCCUGCAGAUGUCGAACGCGUGUUUGAGUGUGUGUGAUUCAAUCAUAACCUUACGUGGAAAGAACACGGGUAGUUUGCUGGUGAGCUGAGGUGAUUUUGUUGUCAUAUCCAGGUUAAAGUCCUGUAAUUCUGUUUAUGCAGUUCAAUCACUGUCUGUUUACCCUCCCAGAAGCAAUGAAAUAAACCAGUGGGGCUGUUUCAUUAAACAAGUUUACCAAAUAAGCCAGGUUUAUUUCAGUAAGUCUGACUUAAUUUGAACUGACAAUAAGUCAAACUAACUGAAAUAAUCCUGGUUUAUUUGGUAAACUUGUUUUAUUAAAUAGGCCCCGGCUCUCUGAA